AUGGGGAGCUCUCGCGGAAGGGGUAGACCGCCGAAAAAGGUGACCCAAACGCCGGAAUUCGCUCAUGGAAACGGUGCUGUAGCGACGAUGGAAACAACGCCGGUGACUGUUGCUGGAACGAAUACGGAGACGGAACAACUAUUGGCAACGAACACCACAGAUACGAGGGGAAUUGAAGGAAUUUCUGCGAACCCUAAAACGGAAGAACGCAAAGACUUGAAGACGAUGAAGAUGAAUGAGGAAACGAAUAAACUUUGGGUGGAUGUUAUCAGUGGGAAUCGUCAUUCAACAAAUGGUUUACAACUUCAAUUUGUUGCUCCAAAAGUUGUUGAGGGGAAAAUUGAAGUUGAAAUUGAGGAGAAGGAUGUAGAAUCUGAGAUUAGGUUUUGGGAGAAUUCACUGAUAAUGUAUGUGAUUGGUGCCAAUCUCAGUAUGAAUGCGGUGAAGAACUACAUGAUUAGGGCUUGGAAUUUUGUAGCUUUGCCAGAAAUGUACUAUAAUGAUGAAGGUUUCUUCAUCCUUAAGUUCAGGAAUGGGGAUGAUAGAGAUGAAGUAUUGAUGAAAGGCCCUUACACUAUCCAGAACAUGCCAAUGAUCAUAAUGGAAUGGCGACCUGAUUUCUCUAUGGCAAAAGAUAUGCUACGAACGAUACCGAUUUGGAUCAAACUGCCAAACUUGCCUCUUCCCCUAUGGGGUGUCAAUAGCUUAGGGAAGAUUGGAAGUGCAGUAGGGAACCCGUUGUUCACAGAUGAAUGUACUGCAGGGAAGCUCCGCGUGAGUUAUGCUCGUAUGUUGGUAGAGGUUGAUGUUACCCAAAAGCUAUGUGAAGAGAUUUCCAUUAAGGAUCAUGAAGGGAAUAUGCGACAACAGAAAGUUGAAUUUGAAUGGCGUCCGCAAUACUGUGAAAGGUGCCAGAAGAUUGGACAUGUAUGCUCCAAUGAGAAGAAAAUUCCUGUGAAGACUUGGCAACCAAAGACCAGAGAGAUGGUAUGCAGGCAGAGACUAGUAAGACAGAGGCCAUAG